CUGGAGCAGACUGAGCACCAGACCCCUGACGACUACAGUAGGGAUUUGAAGGCAACCAUCGAAUCCAUCGGGAUCUCUGUCAGAUUUGUCUCAAUUUAUUCUGCUAAAAAGGGUCGUAAGAAUAGUUUGUUCGCACGUGUUGGUUCUUACGCCAGUGAGUCUGAAAAAAUGUUCACGGCAGACAACUGGCCCCCUAACAUCGGGGUGCGUGAAUGGCAGUUCACCCCUAAGGAGCAGUAGUUGCCGCUGUCUCGUUUGCAUACUUAAUCAAACUUCUCUUUUCUAGUACUUAGUUCGUACUUUCACGUGAUACUUAUUAAAGGUCCAGUAAACAAUAUUCAAUUUUCAAAAGAAAUCAAAAUGCUUCAUAACUGUAUGACCACGAUUAGCUUGCGUUUUCUUUGAACCAAUUUAAUUGACAUUUUACAGUCCUUGCUGAAGUCGAGCACUGCUGUGGAUGGAUGCUUAAACUUUGUUAACGCGCGGAUGUGGUUGUAAGCCUGUAGACAGUAGGUGCGCUCAUAAGCUGACAAUUACACAGUUGAGCGUAGCUCCUUCAACCGCUGUGCGGACGAUCUUACAAACAGCAUCAAUCUGGCCAGUGACGACAUUCACCCGUGAGACCGUGACUUGUGCGCUCACCAACUCAGGUUGCUCAAGCAUCUGCAGCGCUCCAGCAAGACAGCAUGGACGACGCCGCUGCCCUCCAAUCGAGCCAGCGCGCCGAAGAAGCCGAAGUCCUGCAGUCUAUUUACAGCGGCGACGCAGCCUUCCACAGCGUCGAUCCCUCCACGUACCAGCUGCGCGUGGAAUCCUCCACUGAGCCGGCUAAGCGCCUGCUGGUACAGGUCCACUGGCCGGCCAGCUAUCCCGACGCCCUGCCCGAUAUCAGUCUAGACAUCUUCUACAAUAAUCAUCUCUCGCACGCCAGCAAGGAGCGCAUCCGCGCGCAGCUCCUGCAGGAAGCCAGCACGCUGCUGGGCUGCCCCAUGACUUACAGCCUCUUCGAGUACGUCAGCCAAAAUGUGGACAGUCUCCUGCUGGCCGAGGACCUCCAGGUUGCUCGCGCUCCCGAGAGGGAGAAGGAGCGAGAGAAGACGGUGGAGGCGGUUGUGCGUGCUGUGGAGGAUAAGGAGCAUCCGCGAGGAUGGAACUGGGUGGAUGUCAUCAAACAUCUCUCACAGACUGGCUCUUCCACGUGAUAAGUGGUGAUAUAUUUUUAUUUGUUUCCCUACUUUUUUACGUAAUACUUAAACCUCCGCUGAAUAGCUUAACAGCAAAAAUUGAUGUGAUGCAAUAUUAUACCACCUCGCAAAGCGAGUGCUGGUUUUAUAGCGAAUUCAUUGAAGUUAAUAAAAUAUGAACGAGCGUACGAAUGAUUUACUGUACUGGU